AUGCCAUCAAGUCAGUCUACAGAAUAUAUGCUAAUGGGAAUCUUCAGUACACGUCUCAACACAGUUACAGAUGAGUCAUUUGGUGUGGUGGUUUCAGAAAUACAAGGAAUGGACUCGGUGACACGGGUAUCAAGGUUGAAAAAGCGUAUAUGUUUGGUUGAGAAGGAGAGCGGUUUACAGAGUAGUGACUGCAUAUGGGUAGUAGCAUUGUGUGCAUCAGUGGACACUCUGGACAGGGUCUAG